UUGAUUUUAGACAUUGUGCUACGUGGAACGUUACGUUCGUAAAAAAUAUUUUAUGUUAUUCUUAUGUUGUAUCUUUCCAACUAUCAAAAAUUUAAAUACCAAAAAUGCGCCGUCUUUCAUAUUUAAAAUACAAAAUACGAAGGAUAUCGAAGAAAAAGUUAAUUAUGGAAAUAACUAAUAUAUGUCUUAUACAUAUCUUUUGCUGUGAGUGGUGAAUUUCAAGUUUCUUUUUCACUUUGCUGGCCCAUUAGCGUGUAUUUCCAACUGAGCAAAUGUUGAAUAUGUAAAUAUGUUAAUAAAAAUUCGAAUUCAAACAUCUUUUAUGCCUUUUCAAAUGACGUAUCAAAUGAUGUAUUGUUUAUCAUGGGUUUUCUCCGAUUCCUAUUAAAACGUAACAUACCAGUACAUAAAAUGUAAAGCUCCAGUGUGAAACAACAUGAUUAGAAAUUAAGGUAUUUACAUUAUCGCCGCAAAGCGUACUCCGUUUGGUACAAUGGGAGGCAUAUUUGUAAACACAACAGCUACAGAUUUGUCAGUAGUUGCAUCAAAUGCUGCGAUCCAAGCAGCAGGAAUACGCCCAGAGAAGAUUGACAGUGUUGUAUUUGGAAAUAUCAUGGCAAACUCAUCCUCUGAUGGAAGUUUUUUAGCAAGGCAUGUUUUAUUGAAAUCAGGAAUCCCAAUUGAAAGGCCAGCGUAUAGUGUGAACAGGUUGUGUGGUUCUGGCUUUCAAUCAAUUGUCAAUGGAGCUCAGAGUAUUUUAACGGGAGAUUCAAAGAUCGUCUUAACGGGUGGUGCCGAGAACAUGAGCCAAGCUCCUUUUAUUGUGAGAGGCGUUCGUUAUGGGACUAUUUUGGGACAGAAGCAUGACUUUGAAGAUUCACUCUGGGUCGGAUUAUUCGACAGUUACUGCAAUCUACCUAUGGGUUUAACUGCGGAGAAACUCGGUGCCAAGUACAACUUGAAGAGGGAAGAAGUUGACCAGUUCGCUUUGAGCAGUCAACAACGCUGGAAAGCCGCCUACGACGAGGGCCGCUUCAAGGAAGAAAUAGCGCCCGUGCAAGUGAAAUCUAAGAAGAAAGAUGUAACUGUCACAAUGGACGAGCAUCCACGCCCGCAAACGACAAUGGAGACUCUCACUAAACUUAAGCCGGUUUUCCAAAAAGAUGGGUUGGUCACAGCUGGCUCUGCAUCGGGUAUCUGUGACGGAGCGGGCGCUGUCAUUUUAGCCAGCGAAGAAGCCGUUAAGGCUGAAGGAUUAAAACCACUGGCACGUUUACUGGGAUACUCCAUUGUCGGCGUGGACCCAAGUAUUAUGGGAAUUGGACCCGCACCGGCGAUCAAGAACUUGCUCGGAAUAACAGGCAAAACUCUAGACGACGUGGAACUGAUUGAGAUCAACGAAGCGUUCGGAGCUCAAACUCUGGCAUGCGCGAAGGAACUUAAUCUGGAUCUGAAAAAAUUGAACGUGGACGGCGGAGCUAUCGCUCUCGGACAUCCGUUAGCCGCUUCCGGAAGUAGAAUCACUACUCACUUGGUGCACGAACUUCGGAGACGAAAGGCUGGAAAACUAGGUAUUGGCUCGGCUUGCAUCGGCGGCGGCCAAGGCAUUGCCUUGAUGUUGGAGGUGCUAUAAUUAAGACUUCCAAAUAGAAUCAAGUGGCAAUGUUUGUUAUACCAAUCAGAAUCAAUGCGGUGUUUCACGGCAUUCGUUCUGCUUAUAUAUAAAAUUUUUAUUGAUUGUUAAAGUAAUCUUAUCACAGUGACCGAUGUUAUAAGUGCUAUUUACAAUGUCGAUAUCAUUUUUGUAAUUUUGUAAUUUGUUCUCGUUUCACUGUGGGAUAAAGUUAUACAAGAAUGAUCAAAAUAUUUUUUAUAUAUAUGAGAGCUACAAAUAUUUUCACAUAAAUUUGCAUGUUUUUGUUACAUAUAGCGUUUUAGUACCGAAUAAAGUCAAACCAUUUGAUAA